AUGGCUUCCGAUACAAGUGCAACAUGGCCUCCGGCAAGCGGACUCACGACGCCCUUCGUUCCUCGCGAAGAAUCUUUGAUGACACUGGCCGCCUCAACCCGAAUCUACGCACACGCUUCAGUCGUCUUCGACACUGUACUCGAUGUCAGCAACUACGGCAAAUGGAAUAGCUUCUGCCCCAAAGUUACGAUAGCGCAGCAACCGGACAGUCUUGCUGGCUCUCAGAAGCUAGAGCUCGGGACGAGCUUCGUCUUCCACGUAAUCAUGGACUCGAACAAACCUCAGUCUCAGAACGCUACACAAUUGAAAGUGUCUGAUAUUUCUACACCCAGCUCGGACUCAGCCUACAUACCUCAGGAGACGGUGGAAAAGGAUGGCAGCUACACCAGCGAUCCGAGCAAAGUCUACCGAAUUGGGUGGCGGAGCGACGGUGGCCUCAUCUCGAAAGGUCUCAGGGCGGAGCGGUUUCACGAGGUCAUUGUGCUAGGUGACAAUGAGUGCGAGGUGCGGACGUGGGAGAACCAAGCUGGUGUGUUGGUGCAUAUUGUCAAAUGGAUGUAUCAGAAGACUCUUGAAGGGAAGUUCAAGAUGUGGUGCAACGACCUGAAGAAGUUCUGUGAAGAGAAAGUGAAAGCUGGUGGUAAUCUUGAAGGUUGA